GUUUGCAUUCUCCAUUGUGCUUGCGAAGCUGUGAUGCUCGCUGUCGCGGCGGUAGCGAUAGCUAAAAUGGCGUCGGGUGCCAUUUCAGUCGAGUCGAAGAAAAUUGUGGAUUUGCGUGUUAUUGAUCUAAAAACAGAGCUCAAGCGCAGGAAUUUAGAUGUCACUGGCGUGAAAAAUGUUCUUAUCGCCAGAUUGAAGCAGGCAAUUGAGGAUGAAGGGGGCGAUCCCGACAAUAUUGAAAUCCCCAUCUCAGUUGAUACCCCAACCCGCAAGGGUGCAAAAACCAAAGGAAAGAAAGUAGACUCGGACACAGACAACCCUACAGAGGAGGAAUCCUUCUGCAAGGAGACAGAAGAGGAAGAGUCUGAGAAAGAUGUUACUGAUACCGAUGACGGUACUCGUGACAAUUCUAAAGCGCUACUCAGCGAAGACGGCCUCCCAGAGGCCGAUAACGCAGAGGAGAUGGAAAGCGAAGCCCCCGCCGACGGUGGCCCUCAAGAGGCCGAGCCGGAGGCCGAGGCAGAACCCGAGCUGCAGGCUGAGUGUGAGCCCGAGCCCGACGCAGAGGACGAUAACAUAUCCGUCACUAUCCAGGCCGAAGAUGCCAUCACCCUGGAUGUGGAUGGGGACGACCUCCUGGAAACAGGUAAACAUGUGAAACUUCCAGAUACGGAGGCCGAGAAGGGCACGGACGAGCCGGAGCCCUCUAGCCAGACGAGCCCUGAGGAUGAGGCCAAGGCCGAGGCCAAGGACGGCCACAAGGAUGGCAAGAAGGAGGACGGCCUCAAGCAAGACGCCGGCAAGAAGGAGAGCAGAGAGGCCUCGAAGAAAGCCGAAACUGGAGACAAAGAGAAGGAUUCUGGGAAGAAAGGCCCCUCAUCUACUGGGGCGGCAGGUCAAGUUAAGAGCUCCUCCAAGGACAAGGAUGGGAAGGCAACAAAAGAUGACAAAGGUGGAGCCAGUGGUGGUGGAGCAGGUAGCUCUACUCGCAACCUGUGGGUGAGCGGUCUGUCCUCCAACACUAAAGCAGCCGACCUCAAAAACCUCUUUGGCAAAUAUGGCAAGGUAUUUAGUGCUAAGGUGGUGACCAAUGCCCGCAGUCCUGGCUCCAAGUGUUAUGGUCUGGUCACCAUGUCGUCUAGCGCUGAGGUGACCAGGUGCAUCUCUCACCUGGAUCGCACUGAGCUGCACGGGCAGCAGAUCUCUGUGGAGAGGGUGAAGAGUGAUCCGUUCAAGAAGGAGUCCUUCAAGAAAGAGGGCGAAGACAAGAACAGCUCUGGGAAAACCUCCGGAGACAAGCGCACUCCCACCAGCACCAAGACCACCAGCAAGACCCAGACUUCUGCCAAGAAAGACGAGAAGAAGUCUGACAAGCCGUCUGAGAAGGACGGAAAGGACGUCUCCAAGAAGCAGGACUCCAAGAGUGGCAAAUCGGACGCCCCCUCCUCCAGCUCCACAGCAGACGCCUCCAAGAAGGACGACAAGAAGAAGCACGGUAAAGAUGGAGACAAGAGCCCAAGUAAGCUGCUGGUGAUUGACCAGGCCAAAGGAGAGAACUUCAACAUGAGGCCGCCCAUGAGACGUGGACGCUUCGAGAAGCCUGGCUUCCCCAACAUGGCCGGCCGUCGGCCCAGAUGGUUCAUCCCCCCCGAGCAGAUGGAUCUGAUGAAGCACAAGGGGCGCGUGUUCCCGGGGAAGGUGGGCAGUAAGGACAUCCUGCCCUUUGAUAAGAUGAAGGAGCAGAAGAUGAGGGAGAGGCUCGUCCGGCUCGAGCGCUUCCACCGGGCCAUGGAGCUGCGCAGGCGGCGUGAGAUGGCGGAGCGUGAGCGUCGGGAGCGUGAGCGCGUGCGUCUGCUGCGUGAGCGCGAGGAGCGGGAGAACCUGAUGAGGGAGCGGCAGCGCCUGGAGGUGGAGCGGCAGAAACUGGAGCGCGAGCGCAUGGAGAGGGAGCGCCUCGAGAGGGAGCGCAUCCGCAUCGAACAGGAGCGGCGCAAGGAGGCGGAGCGUCUGGCCCGUGAGCGGGAGGAGUUGAGGAGACAGCAGGAGCAGCUGCGUUAUGAGCAGGAGAAGAGAAACAACCUGAAGAGGAGCAGAGAUGUGGACAACAGGAGGGAUGACCCGUACUGGAACGGCAGUAAGAAGGUUCCCCCAGAGCCGGAAGGGCGGAUGAAUCAGGGUUCCGACUACAACCGCCAGCAGAACCGCUUCAACGAUUUCACACCGCGUGACCGCAAUCGCUACCCAGAAUCCUCUGCUUCCCAGGCCAACACCUUUGACAGACGCGGGCGCUUUGACAGCGACUCUGACGCCAAGAAGAGUCGCCCUGCGCAACGGCGUGAGGGCUCUGGGUUCGACCGCUACCCUAAGACCUUUGACCCCGUGAGGCGUCAGGAGCCGCCACCCCCUCCUCCCCAGCGUGCCGAGAUGCGGGAUGGCGAUCGCCGCGGCGACCAGCGACGCACCGUCACACUCCCUGACCGGCCGGCCCCGGGUCGGGCACCGCCCCCGCCCAACCUGUCCCACACCCGUUCCCCACGAGAGCCAUCGCACGCGCACGCGCACACGCACACGCACACACACUCCAGCUGGAAGAGCGACGGAGGAAUGAGCUCCAACAAGGGAGACCUGCGUGGAGCGGUGCGGAUGCGUCCAGAGCGCUCAGACAGAGAUGGUCCCAGCGGCCCGCCCAUCAGAGGAGCCUCCUCAGCCACCAGAGGCAGGAGUAGCUUCAGCAGCAGAGACUCCAGCGCACCCAUGGUGAUGGGAGACCAGCACUUUGGUGGCAGUCGGCAGGUGGUGGUUGAGCGUCAUGGACGAGAGCCCGGCCCCAGGAAGGAGUGGGGUGGAGCCUCUCACGGCGGAGGUCACUCCUCCAGCUUCAGCGACGGCCGCAGGAUGGCCGACACACACACAAGGCCCGGCAUGAUGGCCCCUCAUUCCAGUCAUUCCUCCAGUGGCAUGAAUCGGAUUGUGCAGAUCACCAACUCUUCCCUGUCCCCUGGUAACGUUGGCGGCUUCAAGUCCUUCAAAGGAGCACCCCGCCGGUUCUAGAAGUUUCUACCGACCCCAACGUUGAACUUCACCUGUUCCACAAAAACAGAUCCUUUUUUACAAACUGAAGAACCUUUUACUUUUUUCCUUAAAGAUGGGUAUUUUGAUGUUUUUACAGUUGGAUUUUGGGCAGUAGGUUCCUGUACAGACUUGCUUGUUUUUUUUUUGUUUUGUUUGUUUUUUAAAAAAAAAAAGAUAACUGUAGAGGCAAGAUGCCUUGUAAGUAGAGAACUCCCAUCUAUUCUGCUGUGAUGUGAUGUCAACUCCAGUGCACUUUCCUUACCCCCCCCACCCCGGGAUGAAGUCUGUACAGUUCUAGUUCCCUAACGGACAUGUGUGUGGUUGCCAACUUAUCCCUGUGUGUGUGUGUGUGUGUGUUCCUACCCUCGUUCUGCUGAGCUGUCUCCAUGCGCUGCUUUUUGGACACACUUGGGAGUUGAAAAUAAACUAUUGAAAUUGUAA